AGGCCAGUGACUUGCAUCGUCUGUUCUAUCCUUUCGGUCCCAUCAAGGAGGUGAAGCUCAUGGAUUCUGCUAUGCUCGGCAAUGGAACCACAACCGCUCUAGUCGAAUACGUGAAUCUCUUCGAUGCUCAGGAAGCCAAAGACGCACUUCAACGACAGUUCUUUGGGACCUCACGCCUGGAAGUCCAAUUCAUCCAAGACAAUAUCUAUCCGGUUAAUUCUACUGCUGCUGCGUAUGCCCAGUCUCCCAUGCUACCGAAAACAUCUGAUGCCGGCCUUAAUCCUUGUACUGCUCCUUUCGUCUUUGGAUCCCGCCACUUGCCACCCUUGGCUUCUGGUCUUAGUGCCGUUGCGCACGAUUCAUUUGUCAACGACCUCAAUCUUGCCAAUAGACUGUCUCUACAUUUGCUAACUCCAGCCGAGUAGACCCUCUGCUCGCAGCUCUGAAUCUUACCCAAACCUUAUCUUGUCAUCAAGGAGACCUUCGUCCGGGAGUACGCUUGUCGUGGAGGUAAGCUUCACCGCAGGGAAGUACGGGAUCCCGUCAAGAUUGAUGUGAACAAGGCGAGUCGAGUUUGGGAC